AUGUCUUUUUUUCGUGGUCGUACAAGUCUUGAAGAUGAUCCACGUGAAGGGCGUCCAAAAAGUGCAUCAACACCAGAAAUCGUAGCAAAAAUACAGCAUAUGGUUUUGGAAGAUCGUCAAUUAACCAAGAGAGAUUUAGUAGAAGCCCUAGGGAUUUCGUUAGGCAGUGUGAGCAAUAUUUUGGCUGAAGUUUUGGGUUACAGAAAGCUGUGUGCACAAUGGGUGCCGCAUUCGUUAACUAUGGAACAAAACACAUUCGAAUGCAACUUUCUCAGCAACAUUUGGAGCGUUUUAGAAAGGAUAAAAAGGAUUUUGUGCGUCGUUUCAUCACUAUGGAUGAGACAUGGGUCUACCACCAUGAUCCUGAAUCAAAACAAGAGGCUAAAGAGUGGUGUGAACCCGGUACUUCGGCUCCGAAGCGUGUUAGGGUCCAGAAAUCGGCCAAGAAGGUGUUAG